CGCGCACGCGCAGUAGGCAGCGGCCUGCGCCGGGAUUAGCCGCUUGAGUGCGAGCGGGUGGCCGCUGACCCUUCCCGCCGGCGGACUCGGCCGCCCGGCUCCAGCGGCCGCCAUGAGCCUCUUCGGAUCCACCUCGGGCUUCGGCACCGGCGGCACCAGCAUGUUCGGCAGCACCGCCGCGGACAACCACAACCCCAUGAAGGAUAUUGAAGUUACAUCUCCACCUGAUGACAGCAUUUCUUGUUUAGCUUUCAGCCCCCCAACAUUGCCGGGUAACUUCCUUAUUGCAGGAUCCUGGGCAAACGAUGUUCGGUGUUGGGAAGUUCAAGAUAGUGGACAAACAAUUCCGAAGGCUCAGCAGAUGCACACAGGGCCUGUGCUAGACGUGUGUUGGAGUGAUGAUGGGAGUAAAGUAUUUACUGCUUCCUGUGACAAAACUGCCAAAAUGUGGGAUCUCAACAGUAAUCAAGCCAUCCAGAUUGCACAACAUGAUGCCCCUGUUAAAACAAUCCAUUGGAUUAAAGCACCAAACUACAACUGUGUAAUGACAGGAAGUUGGGAUAAAACUUUAAAGUUCUGGGAUACACGAUCACCAACACCUAUGAUGACCUUACAACUGCCUGAAAGAUGUUACUGUGCUGAUGUGGUAUACCCAAUGGCAGCAGUAGCCACUGCAGAAAGGGGCUUGAUAGUUUAUCAGCUAGAGAAUCAGCCUUCUGAAUUUAGAAGAAUAGAAUCUCCACUUAAACACCAGCAUCGCUGUGUUGCUAUUUUUAAAGACAAAGUCAACAAACCUACUGGAUUCGCCCUUGGAAGUAUUGAAGGAAGAGUAGCUAUUCACUAUAUCAACCCCCCCAAUCCAGCCAAAGAUAACUUCACUUUUAAAUGUCAUCGCUCCAAUGGAACAAACACAUCAGCACCUCAGGAUAUUUAUGCUGUAAAUGGGAUAGCAUUUCAUCCUGCCCAUGGUACCCUUGCAACUGUAGGAUCCGACGGUAGAUUCAGCUUUUGGGAUAAAGAUGCACGAACAAAGCUAAAAACAUCAGAACAACUAGAUCAGCCAAUAUCUGCCUGUUGUUUCAACCACAAUGGAAAUAUCUUUGCCUAUGCUUCUAGUUAUGACUGGUCUAAGGGCCAUGAAUUUUAUAAUCCACAAAAGAAGAACUAUAUUUUUCUGCGUAAUGCAGCAGAAGAGUUAAAGCCUAGGAAUAAGAAGUAGUGAGUACAAUCCUGACUGGUGUUACAAUACUGCUCUUCUGCCAUUUGUGCCCCUACAGUUGUCAGUCAAUUUUGGAUCACUAACAUUUAGCAGGAACUAUUUAAAAAAAAAAAAAAAAAAUGAUGCCAAGUGUAUUGAGUUGCCGGAGAACAUCUUUUGAUUGUGUACAGGAGUGUCAGAUAAGUGCAUGAUUUUGCCACAGUCUGUUAUAUUGCAGUAAUAUAAUUGCUGCAGAAUCCCUAAAUUUCAAGACCUGCAUUUCUGCUUCUAGAAAUACAAGGUUAUCUCUCCAUAGUCUUUUACUAGUACUGUAAUAAAAUAUGUUAAUUGCAGUAGGUCUGGAAAAAUUAUACACAUACUGUGCUUUUUGUAAUCAUUAUGGAAUUAGGAAUAAUUUGGAAUUUAGGGUUUUCACUGGAUUCUCAUUUUAAUACCGAUGCAGUAUCUACUGUAUGCCAAGGAGAAAUGCCUUGCAAAAUCUCUUUCCUGCUCUUUCCUCCCCCCACCCCCAGCUUACCCCCCUUCAGAUUUUUGGUAGUUGUGUAGGUGGCCAAUAGUAGUGACAGAGACCCAAGAUGGACUUGGUGGGCACUGUUCACAUUCCCCAUUCUCUAAAGGUGCCCUUUGGUCCCGACCUACAAACACCUUUGCUUGUCCCAGUUCUAAGUGAAGACUGCCAGUUGUGCCAAGUGGCAUAGUUCAGCAAUGUGAGCAAACCACUAAAGGGGGGAGAAGGUAUGACCACAAAACUGACUUUCACUUGUGGCCUAAACUAUUUUCUAAUCGGUAGAGUUAAAAGGCUGAUAUUUUAACUCCCUGAACCACUGAUUGCCCCGUAACAUUUUUGGGCUUCAAUAAGUUCUUUUGUAUUUAAUACCAGGUAGUUUAUGGUACAGAUGGGUUAUAUCCAUAAUUUAACAGUGCUGUGAAGCUAAGCAGUGUGAGGGGUUUUUUUUCCUGACUUAAAUCUCCCACUGUUUACUUUUAACUGACUAGUUGUACACAUGCCAAAGUUUUCUUUCUAGAGUUGAAUGCUUAUUCCUGUUAAGUAUUAUUUUAAAAACUAAAAAUGGGGCUAGCAUGUAUAGAAAGACCUGUUUAUUGUAAAAAUUAAAAAAUCUGUAAAACCAUAUGUUGUAACACUUGUGAUUACUGAUUCAUGUUAAGUUUAAAAUAAAUUUUUUAUUAAAUGUU